AUGAGUACGCACAACUCGACCCCUCAACACCGCGAACCCGACAUGGAUAUGGACAUGCCGGAUGCUGAGGCUCCGUCAUCGCGGCCGACGCUGCCGUUGCUCUGUCAAUCCCCUCAUCCUAUCUCGCGGCCUCACCCAAAUGAAAACCUCAUCAAUCUCUACGGCCUGCAAAGCAUCGCCAACUCGGUUCGCCGAACUGACCCUGCCACGGGCGAGAAGAUCAACAAACUGCGCAAGUCGUACGAGGGUAAGGUCAAGAAUUUCGGCCUCAGCGGAAAGAACAAGCCCACCGACAUCAACGGCGAGUUGAGAGGUUUCAUGGAGUGGGACGAAGGAUCAUGGUAUGAGCAGCGCAUUCAAGGUAGAGAACUUGACAAGGCAGAGUCAUCGCCCCUCAUGGCCAGGUUGAGUCGCGCUUUGAUCAUGAACCCCGGUACCCUCCCUGCCGAUGAACACAACAAGUGGAAGAAUAUCCUUGGCCUUGACGAUGGUAACAAGACUCCGUCCCAGCCUGCUUCCAAGGUCGCAGCCCACCCGCAGAUGCUCAAGGCUCAAGCCUCGUCCAUGCGCGCAUCCGCACCAGCUUCGCCACGCGCUUCGAACCCGAAUGGCAUCCGUCCAGAUCGCUCAAACAAGAAGCGCCGCUACGAUGAGAGCAGUUAUACCGGUUACAAUGAGAGCUAUCAAGAAGAUGAUGGCUACUCUACUGGCGGUCUAGAUGACAAGCGAAACUCUGCGACCAAGAAGCGCCGAAAAGACUUUCCCACAAACUUCGAAGGCUCUGGGAAUUCCUCCUCAGCCUUCAACAAUGGGAUGCUGGGUGUUGGCGUCAAGAGCUCAUGA